CAGAUCUGGAAAUAGGCGGCUUUCAUUUUCCUCUUCUGAGAUCCCACUUUCCGUGGGCCCAAAGGAGCCCGGGUUGGCCGGUCUGGGACCGUAACCUGCCGGCUGCAGACUGUAAGCCUCCUCCCCACCGCUGCAGGACUCCGGGCCUGGGGCACUUGGCGGACUCCGCUGAGUCAGUUUCUUCCUGCGCGACUCCCUUGCUACACUGCCUCAGCGAGUGGGAUCAGAUCGGGCCAAGGAGGCGGCGCCCGCCCGGGGGUUCCCAGCGCAGUGGGCUCCGGGGCCACAGUCGUCUGGCCGGCCCCCCCUGGAGCCCCGCCUCGGCAGCCGUGCCACGGUUCAGCUUUCUCCCAGCCUCUCGCAGGCCACCGAGCUCAUUUUUGGGGCCUGGGCGGCGGAGGAGGAAGGCUCGAGGAGAGGGAGGGGAGCGCAGGGCGUGGAGACGCCGCCUUUCUCAUAAACAGGCCGGAGCGGGUGCCCAUGGGGCGUACGGGCUGCCAGCAGUGAGCGUACUUGCUCGGAACAGUGGCCUAAGCCCCAGCCCCUUGUCUGAGCAGCGGGCCUCCUUGCCAGGAGGGGCAGCGGAUUCACAGCAGGGGCCAUCAUGGCCAGUGGCAGCUGUCAGGGGUGCGAGGAGGAGGACGAGGAAACUCUGAAGAAGUUAAUAGUCAGGCUGAACAAUGUCCAGGAAGGAAAACAGAUUGAGACGCUGGUCCAAAUCCUGGAGGAUAUUUUGGUGUUGACGUACGCCGACCACGCCUCCAAGUUAUUUCAAGGCAAAAAUAUCCACGUGCCUCUGUUGAUCGUCCUGGACUCCUACAUAAGAGUCGCGGGUGUGCAGCAGGUGGGUUGGUCACUUCUAUGCAAGUUAAUAGAAAUCUCUCCAGCUACAAUGCAGAACUUAAUGGGACCCCAGGAUAUUGGACAUGAUUGGGAAGUCCUUGGUGUUCACCAAUUGAUUCUUAAAAUGUUAACAGUUCACAAUACCAAUGUAAACCUGUCAAUAGUUGGACUGAAGGCCUUAGAUCUCCUCCUAACUUCAGGUAAAAUCACUUUGCUGAUAUUGGAUGAAGAAAAUGAUGUUUUCUUGUUAAUUUUUGAUGCCAUGCGCAUGUUUCCAGCCAAUGACGAAGUCCAGAAACUUGGAUGCAAGGCUUUACAUGUGCUCUUUGAGAGAGUUUCGGAGGAGCAAUUGACUGAAUUCAUUGAGAACAAAGAUUAUAUGAUAUUGUUGAGUGCAUUAAAAAAUUUUAAAGAUGAAGAAGAAAUUGUGCUUCAUAUACUUCAUUGUUUGCAUUCUCUAGCAAUUCCUAGCAAUAAUGUUGAAGUCCUCAUGAGUGGUAAUGUCAGGUGUUAUAAUAUUGUGGUAGAAGCUAUGAAAGCAUUUCCUAUUAAUGAGAAAAUCCAGGAAGUCAGUUGCUGCUUGCUUCAUAGACUUACAUUAGGUAAUUUUUUUAAUAUUCUGGUAUUAAACGAGGUCCAUGAGUUUGUGGUGAAAGCUGUGCAGCAGUAUUCAGAGAAUGCGACGUUACAAAUCUCGGCUCUCAGCUGUUUAGCGCUCCUCACUGAGACCAUUUUCUUAAAUCAAGACUUAGAGGAAAAGAAUGAGAAUCAGGGGAGUGAUGCUGAAGAGGAAGAAGAUAAAUUGUUUUGGCUGGAAGCCUGUUACAAAGCAUUAACGGGGCAUAGAAAGAACAAGCACGUGCAGGAGGCCGCAUGCUGGGCACUAAAUAAUCUCCUCAUGUACCAAAACAAUUUACACAAGAAGAUUGGAGAUGAAGAUGGCCAGUUCCCAGCUCAUAGGGAAGUGAUGCUGUCCAUGCUGAUGCAUUCUUCAUCAAAAGAAGUCUUCCAGGCAUCUGCAAAUGCAUUGUCAACACUGUUAGAACAAAACGUUAAUUUCAGAAAAGUCCUGUUGUCAAAAGGAUUAUACCUGAAUGUUUUGGAGUUAAUGCAGAGGCAUAUAUACUCCCCUGAAGUGGCUGAAAGUGGCUGUAAAAUGCUAAAUCAUCUUUUUGAAGGAAGUAAUACUUCCGUGGAUACAAUGGCGGCAGUGGCCCCCAAAAUAAUAACAGUUAUGAAAAGUCAUGAGACGUCAUUAUCAGUUCAGCUGGAGGCACUUCGAGCUAUUUUGCAUUUUAUAGUUCCAGGUAUGCUGGAAGAAUCCAGGCAGGAUACCGAAUCACAGCACAAACUAAAUACGGUUAAAAAGCAGUAUUUCCGGAAUGGUAUUCACAAACUGGUCCUAGCAGCUUUGAACAGGUUCACUGGAAAUCCUGGGAUUCAGAAAUGUGGAUUAAAAGUCAUUUCUUCUGUUACACAUUUUCCUGAUGCAUUAGAGAUGUUAUCCCUGGAAGGUGCUCUUGAUUCGGUACUUCACACACUGCAGAUGUAUCCAGAUGACCAAGAAAUUCAAUGUCUGGGUUUAAGUCUUAUAGGAUGCUUGAUUACAAAGAAGAAUUUAUGCAUAGGAAAUGGGCAUCUGCUGGCAAAAAUUCUGGUUUCCAGCUUACAACGCUUUAAGGAUGUUGCUGAAGUACAGAUGAAUGGAUUUCAGACAAUCUUGGCAAUACUUGAGUUGUCAGUAUCCUUUUCCAAGCUGCUGGUGCAUCACUCAUUUGACUCAGUAGUAUUCUAUCAGAUGUCUUCCAGCAUCAUGGAACAAAAGAAUCAACAGUUUCUAAAUCUUUGUUGCAAGUGCUUUGCAAAAGUAGCUGUGGAUAAUGAGUUAAAAAGUGUGAUGCUAGAGAGAGCAUGUGAUCAGAAUAACAGUGUCAUGGCUGAAUGCUUGCUUCUUUUGGGAGCUGACGCCAAUCAAGCAAAGGAGUCAACAUCCUUAAUUUGUCAGGUGUGUGAGAAAGAGAGCAGUCCCAAAUUGGUGGAACUGUUAUUGAACAGUGGAUCCCGCGAACAAGAUGUCCGGAAAGCCCUGACAAUAAGCAUUGGGAAAGGCGACAGCCAAAUCAUCAGUUUGCUCUUAGGGAGGCUUGCCCUGGACGUGGCCAAUAAUAGCAUCUGCCUUGGUGGAUUUUGCAUGGGAAAAAUUGAGCCUUCUUGGCUUGCUCCUUUGUUUCCAGAUAAGACAUCUAAUUUAAGAAAGCAAACAAAUAUAGGAUCCACCCUAGCAAGAAUGGUGCUCAGACAUCAGAUGAAAAGUGCUGCUGAAGAAGGAGCAGCCUCAAGCAGUGACGGGAGCUUUUCUGAAGAUGUACUCGUUAAAUUUGAUGAAUGGACCUUCUUGCCUGACUCUUCUGUGGACUGUGUAUUUGGUCAAAGUGAUGAUCUGGAUAGUGAAGGAAGUGAAGGGUCAUUUCUUGUGAAAAAGAAAUCAAAUUCAAUUAACGUGGGAGAAUUUUACUGGGAACCUACCUUGCAACGUUGUUCACCAAAUUUGCAGAGGCAUUCCAAUUCACUGGGACCUGUUUUCGAUCAAGAAGAUUUACUGAAGCGAAGAAGAAAAAUACUGUCUUCAGAUGAUUCACUCAAGUCCACAAAACUUCAAUCCCAUGUGAGGAAUUCAGAGAGUGUUUGUUCCCUGGCUUCUGAGAGAGAAUAUAUUACAUCGUUAGACCUUUCAGCAAAUGAACUAAGAGAUAUUGAUGCCCUGAGCCAGAGAUGCCACAUAAGUGGUCACCUGGAGCAUCUUGAAAAGCUGGAGCUUCACCAAAAUGCACUCUCGAGCUUUCCACAACAGCUAUGUGAAACUCUGAAGUGUCUAACACAUUUGGACUUGCAUAGUAAUAAAUUUACAGCAUUUCCUUCUUAUUUGUUGAAAAUGAAUUGCAUUGCCAACCUUGAUGUUUCUCGAAAUGACAUUGGCCCCUCCAUAAUUUUGGAUCCUGCGGUGAGGUGUCCAACCCUGAGACAGUUUAACCUGUCAUAUAAUCAGCUGUCUUCUGUUCCUGAGAACCUCGCUGUUGUGGUAGAGAAGCUGGAGCAAUUCAUUUUAGAAGGAAAUAGAAUAUCAGGAAUAUGUUCCCCCUUGAGCCUGAAGGAACUGAAGAUCUUAAACCUUAGUAAAAACCACAUUUCAUCCCUGUCAGAGAAUUUCCUCGAGGCUUGUCCUAAAGUGGAGAGUUUCAAUGCCAGAAUAAAUUUUCUUGCUGCAAUGCCUUUCUUACCUUCUUCCAUAACAAGCCUAAAAUUAUCUCAAAAUAAAUUUACAUGUAUUCCAGAAGCAAUUUUGAAUCUACCACACUUACGGUCCUUAGAUAUGAGCAGCAACAAUAUUCAGUAUCUACCAGGCCCUGCACACUGGAAAUCUUUGAACUUAAGGGAACUCUUGUUUAACUCUAAUCAGAUCAGCAUCUUGGACUUAAGCGAGAAAGCACAUGCAUGGUCUAGGGUAGAGAAGCUACAUCUCUCUCGUAAUCAGCUGAAAGAGAUUCCUCCUGAGAUUGGCUGUCUUGAAAAUCUGACAUCACUCGAUGUUAGUUACAACUUGGAACUGACAUCCUUUCCCAAUGAGAUGGGGAAAUUAAGCAAAAUAUGGGAUCUUCCUUUGGAUGAACUGCAUCUUAAUUUUGAUUUUAAACAUAUAGGAUGUAAAGCCAAAGACAUCAUAAGGUUUCUUCAACAGCGGUUAAAAAAGGCUGUGCCCUAUAACCGAAUGAAACUUAUGAUUGUGGGGAACACUGGGAGUGGUAAAACCACUUUAUUGCAGCAGUUAAUGAAAACCAAGAAAUCAGAACUUGGAAUGCAAAGUGCCACAGUUGGCAUCGAUGUGAAAGACUGGUCUAUCCAAAUAAGAGGCAAACGGAAGAAAGAGUUGGUUCUAAAUGUGUGGGAUUUUGCAGGUCGUGAGGAAUUCUACAGUACUCAUCCCCACUUUAUGACUCAACGAGCAUUAUAUCUUGCUGUUUACGACCUCAGCAAAGGACAAGCUGAAGUUGACGCCAUGAAGCCUUGGCUCUUCAAUAUAAAGGCACGUGCUUCUUCUUCCCCCGUGAUCCUUGUUGGCACACAUUUGGAUGUUUCUGAUGAGAAGCAGCGCAAAGCCUGCAUAAGUAAAAUCACCAAGGAACUCUUGAACAAACGAGGUUUCCCCGCAAUACGGGAUUACCACUUCGUGAAUGCCACCGAGGAAUCUGAUGCUUUAGCAAAACUUCGGAAAACCAUUAUAAAUGAGAGCCUUAAUUUCAAGAUCCGAGACCAACCUGUUGUUGGGCAGCUGAUUCCAGACUGCUAUGUAGAACUUGAGAAAAUCAUUUUAUCGGAGCGUAAAAACGUGCCAAUUGAAUUUCCUGUAAUUGACCGGAAACGCUUAUUACAACUAGUGAAAGAAAAUCAGCUGCAGCUAGAUGAAAAUGAGCUUCCUCAUGCAGUUCACUUCCUAAAUGAAUCAGGGGUCCUGCUUCAUUUUCAAGACCCAGCACUGCAGCUAAGUGACUUAUACUUUGUGGACCCCAAGUGGCUUUGUAAAGUUAUGGCACAGAUUUUGACAGUGAAAGUGGAAGGCUGUCCGAAACAUCCUAAGGGAAUUAUUUCACGUAGAGAUGUGGAAAAAUUCCUUUCAAAGAAAAGGAGAUUUCCAAAGAACUACAUGUCACAGUACUUUAAACUCCUAGAAAAAUUUCAAAUUGCCUUGCCAAUAGGAGAAGAAUAUUUGCUGGUUCCAAGCAGUUUGUCUGACCACAGGCCUGUGAUAGAGCUUCCCCAUUGUGAGAACUCUGAAAUUAUUAUUCGACUAUAUGAAAUGCCUUAUUUUCCAAUGGGAUUUUGGUCUAGAUUAAUCAAUCGAUUACUUGAAAUUUCACCUUACAUGCUUUCAGGAAGAGAACGAGCACUUCGCCCAAAUAGAAUGUACUGGCGACAAGGCAUCUACUUGAAUUGGUCUCCGGAAGCUUAUUGCCUGGUAGGAUCCGAAGUCUUAGAUUAUCACCCAGAAAGUUUCUUAAAAAUUACAGUUCCUUCUUGUAGAAAAGGUUGUAUCCUUUUGGGCCAAGUCGUGGAUCACAUUGAUUCUCUCAUGGAGGAAUGGUUUCCUGGGCUACUGGAAAUUGAUAUUUGUGGUGAAGGAGAAACUCUGCUGAAGAAAUGGGCAUUGUAUAGUUUUAAUGAUGGUGAAGAGCAUCAAAAAAUCUUAUUGGAUGACCUGAUGAAGAAAGCAGAAGAAGGAGACCUCCUAAUAAAUCCAGAUCAACCAAGGCUCACCAUUCCAAUAUCUCAGAUCGCUCCUGACUUGAUUUUGGCUGAUCUGCCUAGAAAUAUUAUGCUGAAUAGUGAUGAACUGGAAUUUGAACAAGCUCCAGAGUUUCUCUUAGGCGAUGGCAGUUUUGGAUCCGUUUAUCGAGCUACCUAUGGAGGAGAAGAAGUGGCUGUGAAGAUUUUUAAUAAACAUACAUCACUUAGGCUGUUAAGACAAGAGUUGGUGGUGCUUUGCCACCUCCACCACCCCAGCUUAAUAUUUUUGCUGGCAGCUGGGAUUCGUCCUCGAAUGUUGGUGAUGGAAUUAGCCCCCAAGGGUUCCUUGGAUCGCCUGCUUCAGCAGGACAAAGCCAGCCUCACCCGAACCCUGCAGCACAGGAUUGCACUGCAUGUGGCUGAUGGCUUGAGAUAUCUCCACUCAGCUAUGAUCAUAUAUCGUGACUUGAAACCCCACAACGUGUUGCUUUUUACCCUGUACCCAAAUGCUGCCAUCAUUGCAAAGAUUGCUGACUAUGGGAUUGCUCAGUAUUGCUGUAGAAUGGGGAUAAAAACAUCGGAGGGCACACCAGGGUUUCGUGCACCUGAAGUUGCCAAAGGAAAUGUUAUUUAUAACCAACAAGCUGAUGUUUAUUCAUUUGGUUUACUACUCUAUGACAUUUUGACAGCUGGAGAUAGAAUAGUAGAGGGCUUGAAGUUUCCAAAUGAAUUUGAUGAAUUGGCAAUACAAGGAAAAUUGCCUGACCCAGUUAAAGAAUAUGGCUGUGCCCCAUGGCCUAUGGUUGAGAAGUUAAUUAAAAAGUGUUUGAAAGAAAAUCCUCAAGAAAGGCCUACUUCUGCCGAGGUCUUUGACAUUUUGAAUUCAGCUGAGUUAGUCUGCCUUAUGAGAUAUAUUUUAUUGCCUAAAAACUUUGCCAUCGAAUGCAUGGUUGCUACAAAUCUUAACAGCAAGAAUGCAAGCAUCUGGCUGGGCUCUGGGCACACUGACAAAGGGCAGCUCUCCUUUCUUGACUUGAAUACUGAAGUGCACACUUCUGAGGAAGUUACUGAUAGUAGAAUAUUGUGCUUGGCCGUGGUACACCUUCCUGUUGAAAAAGAAAGCUGGAUUGUGUCUGGCACACAGUCCGGCACUCUUCUAGUCAUCAAUACUGAAGAUGGGAAAAAGAGACAUACACUUGAAAAGAUGACCGAUUCUGUUACUUGUUUGUAUUGCAAUUCCUUUUCCAAGCAAAGCAAACAAAAAAAUUUUCUUUUGGUAGGAACUGCUGAUGGUAAUUUAGCAAUUUUUGAAGAUAAAGCUGUUAAGUAUAAAGGAGUUGCUCCUUUGAAGAUACUAAAUAUAGGAAAUAUCAACACUCCGGUGAUGUGUUUGAGUGAAUCCACGAAUUCAGCUGAAAAAAACAUAAUGUGGGGAGGAUGUGGCACAAAGAUUUUUUCAUUUUCUAAUGAUUUCAGUAUUCAAAAACUCAUUGAGACAAGGACAAGUCAGCUGUUUUCUUAUGCAGCUUUCAGUGAUUCCAACAUCGUAGCAGUGGUCGUAGACACGGUUCUCUAUGUUGCUAAGAAAAAUAGCCCUGUUGUAGAAGUGUGGGAUAAGAAAACUGAAAAACUCUGUGAACUAAUAGACUGUGUGCACUUUUUAAAGGAGGAAAUGGUAAAAGGAAACAAGGAAUCAAAACACCAAAUGUCUUAUUCUGGGAGAGUGAAAACUCUCUGCCUCCAGAAGAACACUGCUCUCUGGAUAGGAACCGGAGGAGGCCACAUUUUACUUCUUGAUCUUUCAACUCGUCGACUUACACGAAUAAUUCACAACUUUUAUGAUUCUAUUAGAGUCAUGAUGACAGCACAGUUAGGAAGCCUUAAAAAUGUCAUGCUGGUGUUGGGGUAUGGUCAGAAAAGCACUGAAGGCACACAACUCCAAAAAGAGAUACAAUCUUGCUUGUCUGUUUGGGACAUCAAUCUUCCACAUGAAGUGCAAAAUUUAGAAAAACACAUUGAAGUGAGAAAAGAGUUGGCUGAAAAAAUGAGAAGAAUAUCUGUUGAAUAAGAGGGAUAUUGGAAAUGUUUGUCUUUUUGAACGGAAAAAAAUUUUCUUCUUUUGUAAAUAUUUCUUUUAAAAUGUUUACACUGAAAAGAGUCCUUCCACUCUUUGAAAUAGCUCAUAUGUAUAUGAAGGAAUGUUUGUAUGUUUCAUUUAAUAUAAAUAUGUGUAAAAUAAUUUCCAGUAAAAGUAUGUUUAAAAGAACUAUAAAUACAAUGUUAUAUUUCCUAUCCUAAUUAAUUUGUGGAUUAAAUAACAAAAUAUCUGAAAAUAGAAGGUAUUUAAUUGCAGUACUCUUAUACAAAAAUUUACAAAGUGGGUAUUUUUUUUUGUUGUUAUCCAUGAUGAAGGUAAACUAUUUUUAAAUUAUGUGCUUAAGACAGGAUGGUUACUUGCUUACUUUCUAGAGAUUAUGCAUGAUAGAAUAAAAAUAUUAGGACAGUAUCACAUAAAAGCUCAUGUACUAUAUUCCUUCUAGAUUGCUUUUAAAAAAUGGAGUUGUCAUAUACGCUUGUAAAUAGUCACAUGAAUUUGCACUAAUAAAGUCCUUGGUUGGGAGGUGAGUUUUCUUUGUUGCUGAUGCAAAUAGUGCAUCUUACACAUCUUCACUCCUUCUGAAACAAAACUCUAGGAAAAUGAAGGAAAAAUGUUACAUAGUGUUAAAGUCCUCAAAUCCAGGAGAAAUGCAGUCACUCCCUCUUCUAUUUUGCAACUCUGUCUUUGAAUGUGGAUACCCUAAAAUUUUAUCAUGCAUGUAAAUACAGUGUUCAGCCCUUCAAAUGCUAAUUUUUUAUUUUGAUUCUCAGUGGUAAGCCAGACCACUGGUUACUUCUUUGCAAAUUUGCUCCUUUCUAAUGCUUCCUUCAUUUUUCCCUAUGUUAGUGGCCCCACAAGUUCUACAUCAUUCAGGUAGAAACUCUGUUUUCAGAUAAGAGAAUUCUAAAACUCCUGCUAAAAAAAAAAAAAAGGUAAAAAAUAUGUAACACUUUUCAGUUGUCUGCAGAAGAAAGGAGCUUUAGCUAUGAUGGGUAAAAUACCUGUUGGCCCAAUCUUCUAAAUUAUUCCUAAAUUGUUUAAGUAUCUUCCACUGUAAAAGUACAAAGGUUAAUCACCUAUGCAACUUUUUGGGUAUCACUUCUGUUUUAAGAAAAAACAUUUCUAGUAAGUCCAUUGGCUCCAGUUAUUAUUCAUCAUUUCAAACAAUUCCCUAUGGUAGGACAACCAGUCCAUUUAAUAUUCUCAGAACUGACUGGCAUUUUAUUAUAUGAAGACUUUUGACUUCUUUGCAUUAACGGUAAUCAAAUUCCCACCCUUGGAAGACUCUCCACUUUUCAAAGGGAUCUGUGCUUUGUUAUGUAGUUGAAAAAGAGUCAGAAAUAAGGAAGCUGUUUGUUCCUGAGAUAUAUCGCUCAUUAUUACUUGUAUUUAUACGCAAUUUUUUUACUGAAGACAAUUAUGGAAAAUUAUAAAAAUGGACAUUGUGUUUGUAAGGGAAUAAUAAAGAUUUUUAAAGUGUGUUUCUGAAUUUUAAAAA